AAGAAGCGGACAGGCUAGGCAGAGGCUAGGAAGGAGGAAAAGAAAGGGGCUCUCCCGCCGUCCACCUCCACGUCCGCCUGUCCGUCGCUCUCGUCGUUUUCUGCACGUUUGCUCUCUCCACCUCAGCGCCAUCAGCCAACCUUCCGCCCGCCCCCUUUGGCGUUCCUUCUCUAUCCGAUGCCUCCUGCUCGAUCCUUCCUUCCCCAUCCAUCUCCGGCACCUCCAAACCAGUUCCGCCGGUCCUUCUCCAUCAGGGUCUUUCCCAUUCCCCCACGCGCAGCAGAGUCGCUUCAUUCUCUUCUCUCUCCCGCACUUCCCCACCUCCAACUGGGGAGUGGAGCCUCCGCCGACUCUCGCCUUCCACACCCCCCUGCCUCAAACUCCAGCAGCUUUUAGUGUGCUCGCCUGAACUACAAAGCAGGGAAUGGGAUCCCGACGGUGCCGAGCUCCUCUUGCUGUUUGGAAGCCCGAAGAAGGCGUCCGGGGCACUUUAAAGAUCCUAUGAGUGACAUCAAAUUCUCAGCCAAAUCCAUAUUCUUCCACAUCUUCCUAUUGUCAUCCCUUAUCAACAGUGAGGCAAUUUUUUUACCUCUGGGUGAGGGAACAUUCUCUUUGCUAUCUCAGCAGAAGCAAGGAUGCAGCAUGAGAUUUGAUGGGACCUGAGAAGUCCCAUCUUUCAGACACAUGAACAGCAAGGAAUCACAAGUGCCUGUGAGAGACACGACAACAAAAAGACUGCCUUUGCAACACAGGCUGGCUUGCAUCAUCAAAUAUCCAAGCAAGACCCCACUCUGGGGGGUCAUGAAUAAAGCCCAGGAUCUGCUUGACUGUGGCCGAAGGAAGGCUUGAACCACAGGUCCCCGCUGUGCAGAGUGAUGCUUAUUCUGUUCCAUGCCAUGGUCACCCCAUUGCUCUGUGUCAUCCAGGCUGCCCCCCUUCCCAACACCUAUAUCCUCCUUAACACCACUGAUACUCUCUGGGCUGAGACUCCCCUGAGGGAUUGGGACCUCUUCUCUCCACGUGUCACUCUGUCUAACCAAGCUCCUGAAGAGCCCCCCAUGCUUUUCCUCAUGGAGGACUCCAAUACCCAACCUGGACAAGCUGCUAAUAGAACAUUCAAGUCCAAACGGUCAUUGGAAGGGUCCCUCCGCCGGGGAGAAAUGUCUGUAUGUGACAGUGUUAAUGUGUGGGUGACAGACAAACGGACAGCUGUGGACAUCCGUGGCAAAACGGUGACAGUGCUGUCUGAGGUCCAGACGCUUACAGGCCCCCUCAGGCAGUAUUUCUUUGAAACCAAGUGUAAUCCAGCUGGUGGAACUGUGGGUGGCUGCCGGGGUGUGGAUCGACGCCAUUGGAUCUCUGAGUGCAAGGCUAAACAAUCUUACGUGAGGGCUUUGACUAUGGAUUCUGACAAGAUUGUUGGUUGGCGCUGGAUCCGGAUUGACACUUCCUGUGUCUGCACCCUACUCACACGCACUGGUCGGACGUAGGAAAGAAAAGGGCAUAGAUCAUGAACUCACUUUGGCCAAUCAAAGCAUGCCCAGCUCUCUAAUAUGUUCAAUCAUGGAUUGGAAUAAUUCCUAAAUUUAACUCAUCUUUCAUUGGCCAAAGCAUGUGUGUGUGUGUUGUGUGUGUGUGUGUGUGUGUGUUUGCACAUACAUGUGCCUGUGUUGAAAAAAGAAGAGGGUGGUCUCUAGUGAUUAACAGCUUCUGGGCUACAGUGCUGAUUCCAUUUGUCCUGCAGCAAAACCGGGGUGGGGGUGGGGAAGUAUGCCAUUAUGGCCAUAAAUUCUGGGCAUUUGCUGCCUAAGUGGAAGCAUGGUUUCUCUUGUUCAAAGGGCCAGAAGAGGAACUUUAAAGUCCUACUUGUGGAAAGUUAGGUAUUGUUAUGGCUGGAGGACUGCAAUAUUCAUGCAAAUUGUUGGUAGUUCAAAAAAGAUUAGUGGGUCUUUUGCAAUCAAGAGGAUCUCAGUGAUUACUACUUGUGAUCCAGGCAUGAAUAUCAAGGUCCUUCUUUUCUACAAUCCUCAGGAACCUUGCAAACCACAAGGGCCUCCCCUCCCCCCAUGCUUUUCCUUCUGUGCACUCUCAGGGUUUUUCAAAAUGUCUACCCUCAGGGAACAUUUCCCAUUUCCACACAUCUGCCAAGGAUUCCCUGCACAUGAUUAAAAAGUUUUUUUAGGGCAUGUUUGAAAGUGCAUUGUCUGUACAUGUGUGGCCAGCAGCCACACCUGCUGAGCCUCACCUCCAUUCUGUGCACACAGCUUAGAACUUUAGAGAAUGCAUUGGAAGGGAAAUUAAGACGUUGUGGGAGGUUCGUCCACCUUUACCAAGCUAUGUCUUGAAAAAACAUCUGAUUCAUCACUGAAGGCCUUUGGAAAACUUUUGAAAAGCAGUCUCUUAGGCAGAAAAUGUUUACUUCUGGAAUUCCUUUCCCCCCCCAGUUUAUCCCUCUUUUCCUAUUUAUUGCCGCAUCUCCAGUUAAGAGUUUGUCUGUGACACAAUCCUGUCAUAUUAUUAACUUAUUUGUGUGCAUUUAUUCUGUGGGAAAAUCAUUUCUAGGAGUGUGCGUGAGUGUGUUUGUGCGUAUGUGUGUGAGUGUGUGUGUGUGUGUGUGUGUUGGCUGGAGGGAUUAAAAACAAGUUCUCAACUUCCUUUCCAUUGUCAUGAAUAUUUACUUUUGGGAGCUGGGGGGGGAGCAGAGGGAGCCAAUAGUCAAGAAAGCAAAACUUGGUUAUUAAUACGUUUGAAGAGUCCAGUGUCCUGAGUCACUUUUUGGAUUGCUCUGUGACCUUCAAUGCCACCUGGAGGCUGAAAAUAACAUUGCAGAGUCCUAAUCAGAGUCAAGUCUUCUUAAUGAACACAUUCAAAGAAUUUUCUUAGAAACAGUACACAAGCAAUUUGCCAUUGCCACUUUCUGAAAUAGAUUUCAACUUUUAAAUCUAACCCAUGUUUCUCAACUUCAGUGACUUUCAGAUAUAUGGACCAACUCCUAGAUUGGGGAAUUCUGGGAACUGAAGUCCACACAUCUGAAAGUAACCGAGAUUGAGAAACACUGGUAUAGACACUACCCUUGGAUUUCUUGAAGUUUCCCAUCAAAGUACUAGCCAAACUCAACCCUACUUAGCUUCUGAAACUAGAGAUCAACCAGAUGCUUCCCUCAAAGGUAAACAACCUUCCUCUCUACAGGUGCUAUAUUUAACAUUCUGGGAGUGAGGGAGACUGAGCGCUGCACAAAUUCUGUCAGAACUAUCAAUUUUCAGUAAUCAUUGUCAGAUGAAGUACAAAAAACAUAUAAUUUAGAUGUUGCUGCCCACUCUGGUUUAGGUAUGGAUAUUUUUAGUAUUACGUGCAUGCUGUGGGCUAAAACCAACAUUACCAAACCUAGGAGAAAUCAUAUAUGAAUUUAUGUCCAGUAUUAAUCUGACUAGAUUCUACAGCAACAGAUUAUUUUUAAUCUUGCCAAAUUAUUAUAGGAUCCUACUCUGAAGAAUUGUUGAAGCUAUCAAAGGAAAACACUUCAAUGAAUAGAACAUCAUAGCUAAACAUCAUAGUACCCUACAGAGACACUGGAGAUUUUGACCUUUUGUUUGUAUCGAAUAGUUGUGAACAGCAAAACUUAAUGCAAGUAUCAACUGUGACCCUUUCAAUGUCAUUUGGGUUUAAAAGGAAUAAGUUGAUAGAAUAGGAAAGAACAGUGAGAAGAAGAGGAUACAGUUAAUGGACAAAACUGGAGGAAAGUAUAGCCUAAUGACAAAGUAAACAUGUAUAUUAAUGUUAAAAAGGAUCUCAGGAUACAAGAUUGGCGGUACUGUAGACAUUUGAUUUAGAAAGGCUUAAUAAAAAUUCCUUUCUUAAUACUA